GAAGAAAUGCGGAAGAAAACGAUUGAGAUUGACGAGUUGAAGUGCGAGUUGCAGAAUAAGUCGUGUUCAGAACAAAGCGAUUACGAGGAACGUUUGGCCGAGGAACGUUCGAAAGUGAAACAAUUGGAAGAUGAGAUAUCGAAGCAAAAGAUCGAAUUCGAUGAGCACAUGAAAUCAGUUGUGGACGAAUGCGCAAAGAGCAAGACGAGCGUUGAAGAACUGCAGCAAAAACUUGAGAGUGUUGAAGAACAGCUGAGGAUAGUUCAAAGUAAUUUGAAUAUAAGCGAGGAAAGGUUGAGUGAGGCAGAGACUGAGAAGAUCGCUCUGUCUGAUGAACUCGCAGAGGUGAAAUCAGAACGUGAUGGUCUAUUCGAUCGAGUUGAUGAAAUUGAGACAGAGCGCAAGAAGGAUCAUGAGAAUUGGGAGAAGAAAUGGAACGAGAUUCGGGAGGAGAAUAAACAAAAGGCUCGUUGUUUUAACUGAGGCAGUUGUGAGCGAACUGCAAACGAAGAUUCAAAACCUGAAUGA